UCCUGAAUGGGGUCUCCCGCGCGUCUUUUCAAAAUACUUCCAUUCCCCCCUUCCCGUUUGUUAAGUUGGAAGCUCCCGAGCUGUCGGGAGAGCCGACCAUUCUAUUCGCGGUGUUUUGGAGAGGGGGGGAAGAGGAGGUACUAAAAAAGUAGGGUGAUACAGCCAGCCUGGGUGUUUUUUCGGGAGCUCAGAUGCAAAUGGAAAAAUCUGUUUUGUGCGAUCCAUGUUUCGUACAAAGGAACGCUGUACUAACCGGACAUACUUAAAACCGUUGGCUCAACUCGCUUUCCGCCGAGUUUUCCUUCAUGAGCGCCAGAUCCUCACAGUAGAGAUAGUAAUUGAAAUUAUUAAUAUGAUCAAAUAUGGCAUCCUAUUUGGCACAAGAAAUUCAGCUUGCUAAGCAGCAUGAAGAAAUACUCUCUCGGAGAUUGGUGUUGCUUCAGCAGAUGGAGAGUCAUCUAAGAGACAAAGACGCUGAGCAGGCAUGGCACACGCAAGAAGCUGAUGCAGCUCAUAAAAGAAAUGUAUCACUUUUAAACGAUAUAGAGGCAGAAGCCAAAAAGCUACAAUCCAGAGACCACUUGCUUCUCCACCCUGAAAUUGUUAACCUUGAAACUCUUUACUGGGCCAAAUUAGAAGAAUCCAUUCCUAAAUGGGAGCCAUUUUUUUUAGGAAGAACACAAGUCCCAAUUGGUUUUAAAAAAAAUAUCACAUCAUCAAUAAAGCACAUAAGAUCAGCACCAAGAUAAACUGGAAACAAAGAUGGAAGCAUGUCCAUGGGGGAAUUUAUUCAAGCUUCAGAUUGGUGGAUUGUUAAAUAUUUUUUAAAAAUAUUUGUUGGAUAAGAUAUUCAAUUCUAAAUCUGCAUUGAAGAGUUCUUCCCUAAAGGCCUGUUAGCUACAUGGAAGUGACUUUGAUCUCAAAUAUGAACAACACAGUGCAGGAUGUACAUUCUGCUGUUCAGUUACUUUAUUAAGAUGAGAAAUAAUGUAAUCUGUUACUCGUCCUUCAUUUUUGCUAUGGUGAGAUGCCUUUUUCCCCAAUAAAAAUGUAGAAAGUAUCGUUUUGGCUUAUUGUCCCAUAAAAGGAUUUUCUUGUGGGAUUAAUUGCACAAAUAUGUCCAUGGGCAUUCUCCCACAAGGUCCUUGAGAUAACAAAUGGACUGCUCCAGACACAGGAUACAUUCAUCAGCCAUUUGGACAGAGUCCGAUAAGAACAC